AUGCUAGGCAAACCUUGGCAAGAAAAUGGCAACGUUAAAGUAACCUUUGGGUUCAGAAUAAGCGACCAAAGCUCCAUGAUCUUUGGGAAUCUAUUUGCUGAGGAGGCCAUGGCAAUUCAAGUAAGAACAGAGGACAUUGUCAGCCCUACAAAGAUGGUUCAAGAAGAGAUACAGCUCUACAGAGGUCUAUCAUCUACCCUCACCUCAUGUGAUUAUACCCAAAGACCGAAGAAGCCAGACUCACAUGUCAAACAUCUACACUGGUUGCACAUACUUCUGCUGGUCCUCCUAUUGGCAGCACAGGCUUCCUGUGAGACCUCUGCUACUCCUUCGCCUCUUUCCAUUACUACAACAAAUGCACAGACGUCAGUAUACUACUUUGUUUUUGUCACUGUGGACAUCAACGAACCGAAGGACGAAUCAGAAAUCCGUGCCUGGCUUAGCCAGGUGUUCCAAAAUGAGCUGCAGAGUUGCGUGGCUCCAAACCAUGGAGAAACAACUAGUAACGGCACAACUACAGCUGCAGCAACUACGAUACAGAGUAACGGCACAACUACAGCUGCAGCAACUACGAUACAGAGUAACAACACAACUACAGCUGCAGCAACUACGAUACAGAGUAACAACACAACUACAGCUGCAGCAACUACUAUACAGAGUAACAACACAACUACAGCUGCAGCAACUACGAUACAGAGUAACAACACAACUACAGCUGCAGCAACUACAACGUUACAGAGCAAUAACACAACUACAACCAUAAGCACCAUCACAACUACACUUGCAACAACAACAACAGCAAGCAACAGCACAACUACAACUGCAACAACAGCACCAGUGAUGGAAGGCCCCACAACAACUACAUCUACAACAAUAGCCUUAGAAAGCAGCACCACAACUACACCUGCAACAACAGCACCAACACCAGCAAUAGAAGGCACCAUAACAACUAGACCUACAUCAAUAACUGCCUUCAGAAUAAACAACACAACUGGCCUAUUUCAGGAAAUUGAUGUUUCAUGCAUCAUGAAGACUGCAAUAAUACAAACCAGCUGUUCUUUGACGCUGAAGCUGAGGCAGAGGGUCCCUUCAUGUUGUAUCCUUCAGACGCUCUGUGCGGCCAGUAAAACAUCUUCUGACAUCCAUGUGGAGGGGAAAGACGCAUAUGAAAUGACUCCUCUACUAGAUGAGUGCAAUAGCAAUAUACAAGAGCCAAACAGUUGUAUGUAUACUGGUCAAGCUGGCGCAUCAUGUCUUCAAAGCUGCAUGGUGAUUUUAAGCUUUUACCAUGAGCUUCCUCUCUGCAACGUGUCGGCAGCCUUGAUAAGUGUGUUUCAGUCUGAGAAAAAAAUCACUCUCACUGGUCCAGUGAGACGAGCAGCAAUUUGUGGAAAUUCAACAGUCGGCGAAAAUCCACUAAGCUCCAACUUCCAGUGGAUUGACCUUAUCAUAAAGCCUGCUGACUUUUGUCCAACAAUAGAAGAGAAUAACUUAUUCAGUUGUCAGAAUGGAAGAAAUGUGCUUUAUCAGCUAGGAGAGCAGUGUGUUACUGGGCCGUUUACCACACCCAGUCCAAAUGUGACAACCCCACAACCAAACACCACCACCUCUUCUGUAAAUGUAACUUCAUCCCCACUGAACACAACAGCUCAAGCCCCGAAUGACACCACCACUGCUGCUUCUGUCCCAUUGUCAGGUUUGUUAUUACCUCAGCACUCUUCUGAAGGCCAAGCCCGGGCACUGCUUGAGCGGACCAAAGACAUUUCCAGGCUGAACUCCAGCGAUGUGUCUCAGCUGGUGUCUCAGCUGGGGAAUCUUUUGUCGGGCCCAAACGUCAGCUUGGCCCUGGGGAACAUCUCCGUCCACAUCGUCAGCAAUCUCCUGGGUGCCACUCCUGAGGUGCUGUCCGACUCUUCCAACAGCAUUAUAGGGAUUGUUGAUACAGUCGGGUUGAAGCUGGUUCUUGAUGGAAAGGCUGAGACCCUCUUGUCCCCAUCUGUGGCUCUGUCUGUGCAACCAGCAGAUGGCAGCAACUUUCAGGAAACAUUUUUCUCCAUCUCAGACCCCAAUAAUGUGCAGGUCCGAGGGGAUCCCAGGCUCAGGAGGAGUCUGGGAACAAACUCAUCCAUCCCUCAGGGCUCCAUCAGGCUGCCCCCAUCUCUCACACAGGACCUGACCACCGAGCAACAGCAGCUGGCCACCAGAGUCCAGUUCAAUUUCUACCAGGAGAGCACAGUGUACCAGGACAGAUCUUUGAGAGAACGCAAACUCAAUAGUGGGAUCCUUGGAGCGAGUGUGGCCAACCUGUCAAUCAGAAAUCUGCAGGAAGAUGUUGUGAUUCACCUGAGGAACUCGGAGCCCGUUCCAGCUAAUUUUGUGGCUACAUGUGUUUUCUGGGACUUUACGUUAAAUAACGAAUCAGGUGGUUGGAAUCCAAAAGGCUGUCAUGUCCGAAACAGCACAGACAAUGAGACAGUUUGUGGCUGCAACCAUUUAACCAGUUUUGCCAUAUUGCUGGACCUCUCCAGACAGCCUCUAAUCAGUCGUGAACAGGCCACCAUCCUUACCUUUAUCACUUAUAUUGGCUGUGGAAUCUCUGCCAUCUUCCUGUCCAUCACCCUCCUCACCUACUUGGCAUUUGGGAAGUUGCGGAAGGACAUUCCAUCCAAAAUCUUAAUCCAGCUGUGCCUGGCUCUGCUGAUGCUGAACUUGGUCUUCCUGGUGGACGCGUGGCUGGCGCUCUACCCCGGCGCUGUGGGCCUCUGCAUCUCCACUGCCUGGUUCCUUCACUACUUCCUGCUGGUCACCUUCACCUGGAUGGGACUUGAGGCUGUCCACAUGUACCUGGCCCUCGUGAAAGUCUUCAACAGCCACAUAUCACGCUACAUGCUGAAGUUCUCGCUGGUCGGCUGGGGCGUCCCGAUGAUUGUGGUCAUUAUUGUCAUUGCGAUUGACAAAGACAACUACGGUCUUGUCUCCUAUGGGAAGUUUUCCGAUGGCACUAGUGAUGACUUUUGCUGGCUGAAAAAUGACAUUGCUUUCUAUGUAUCAGUUGUGGCCUAUUUCUGCCUCAUCUUUCUUUUCAACCUCGCCAUGUUCGUUGUGGUGUUGGUGCAACUGUGCCGGAUAAAGAGGCAGAACCCUCACAAUGCGCAGCACCGCACCACGCUGCAGGAUGUGCGCAGUGUGGCGGGGAUAAUGAUCCUCCUGGGCCUCACUUGGGGCUUUGCCUUCUUCGCCUGGGGCCCCCUCAAUCUGCCAUUCAUGUACCUCUUUGCCAUCUUUAACUCCUUACAAGGUUUCUUCAUAUUUGUGUUCUACUGUGCGACAAAGGAAAAUGUGAGGAAGCAGUGGAGGACCUACCUGUGCUGUGGCAGAAUGAGACUAGCAGAGAACUCAGAGUGGAGUCGGACUGCAACACAGAAGACUGCGAAGAAGUCAUCGGUGACCAGAGUCACAUCUCUUCAUUCCUCACAGUCCAACAACAGCUCCUCGUCUUUCCUCGUCAGUGACUCCUCAGAGCAGAUUAAUGGCGUCGGUAGCCCAUUUGAAGACAGAGCCAUCACAGCAGAUGAAGACCCCAGUAUGGAUGUGGUCCUCAACGAGAUCAACAGCCAGUACAGAAACCAACAAGCGCCCUGA